AUGGAGAACGCGUACGAGCACGACGACCCCGACGGGGAGAUGCAGCUACCUGAAGUGGCAACGGACACGGUGGCCCUGGCGGAGACCGAGUCGCAGCCGCAGGUCUUCGACGGCACGGGCAUACAGGGCAUGCUGCACGGGACCACCCUGCGCGACGACUCGAAUUUUGGGCAAAGGCCGUUGGGCGCAGACAGGACCAUCAAGAGGGCGGAAAUGUGGGCCUUCUACCAGGCGCUGCGCCAUGCGACUCCGCCCUUCACCGUCCACACGGACCACAAGGGCAUCGUGGACGGCAUCGGCAGGGGCAAGGCCUGGUGCGUCUCAGCUAAGAGGCCGCACGCCGACGACACCAACGUGCGUCACGUGAAGGCCUACAGUACGCAGCCAGCCAUGCAGGCCCUUGACGAGGAAGACCGGCGGGUGGCGAAGGGCAACGAGGUGGACCUGUUGGCCAAAGAUGGCGCAGCAGUGGACGCAGGCUUCGGCAAGGUACAGGCCCUCGAGGACCCAGGCCACAAGACCCGCUGA